AUGGCCAGUAUGAACCUGCGCGAUCAUCCGGGUCCCGACGACAACCGUACGGUGCACUAUACAUCCGCGGUCACAGUCCGGGAAGUACAAGACCAGCUCAUCGCCGGAAAGGAGGGCCGGGCUGUAUGGCUCCGAUCUGUCAAACAUCAUAGCGAGCUUUCAGCCUUGACAGACUUCCCGGACGAUGUGGAAUUGGAGAUGGCGAUCGAGUAUCUCAAGCGACGUACUGAGAGUCGGCUCAGGGUAUCAGAUGUAGAGGUUGAACUUGUGUUGAAUACGGCGCAGAAUCUGCAGCGGAAGAUCGGGGCGCUAGAUGCUAGGUCAGCAAGCCAGGAGCAUCUGCCUAGGCGGAGUAAGAAGCAAUGGCAAAAGCGGUUGGAUCUGCUCGAUGCCUUGGAUCAGCUGUACUCGACCUGA